CUCUCACUGGUUCAAUCAUGGCAAUAUGGCUGGCCGGUAGAAGAGGCGCCAGUUACUGUGUAAAAGCAUUGAUCUCUACUACUUUCAGAUCAUCACGCUCUUACACCACCGCUUUUGCUUCUAAUGGUAACUCCGAUUCCUUGUUUUUCUGUGGCAACUCAUCAUCAGCGGCCGUUUUUGGAUCUCAACGCUUUGAAUCAACGAAAGCUCGGCAACAAUUAGACCUCUUAUCUAGUGAUGAUGAUGAGGAACAAAAUCAGGGUGUGGAUUUUCCUGGUGGUAGGGUUGCUUUCACUUCCGAAAUGAGCUUCCUUCCUGAGUCAUCUGAGAAGCGAGUGCAAUGUUAUCGAGUUCUUGAUGACAAUGGCUAUCCACUUUCAUCUACGCAAUUUAAACAUGUGAGUAAGGAACUAGCGGUGAAGAUGUAUCGUGGCAUGGUUACCCUUCAAACUAUGGAUACAACUUUGUAUGAAGCACAAAGGCAAGGAAGACUAUCUUUCUAUGUUACCUCCUAUGGUGAAGAAGCUAUCAACCUCGCAUCAGCAGCAGCGCUUGGCUUCGAUGACUUGAUUUUGCCACAGUAUCGGGAAGCAGGAGUGUUGCUGUGGCGUGGUUUUACGCUACAAGAAUUUGUCAAUCAGUGCUUGGGUAACAAGAAUGAUUAUGGGAAAGGCAGGCAAAUGCCGAUUCAUUACGGAUCGAAUAAGCAUAAUUACUUCACCGUCUCCUCCCCUAUUGCGACACAACUUCCUCAAGCUGUUGGUGUUGCUUACUCACUAAAAAUGGACAAAAAGGAUGCAUGUGUUGUCACCUAUUUUGGUGAUGGCAGUACAAGUGAGGGAGAUUUUCACGCUAGUUUGAACUUUGCAGCGGUUAUGGAAGUCCCUGUUGUUUUCAUAUGCCGCAACAAUGGAUGGGCUAUCAGCACUCCUAUCACCGAACAAUUUCGAAGUGAUGGCAUCGUUGUAAAGGGACAGGCCUAUGGUAUCCGAAGUAUAAGAGUGGAUGGAAAUGAUGCUCUCGCUAUUUAUAAUGCAGUCGGUGUCGCUCGAGAAAUGGCCAUCAAGGAACAACGGCCAAUACUGAUUGAGGCUCUUACAUAUAGAGUAGGACACCACUCUACGUCCGAUGAUUCAACAAAGUAUCGGCCUGUAGAUGAAAUCGAACACUGGAAAACAGCUCGAAACCCUGUAUCAAUAUUCAGAAAAUGGGUCCAGAGAAAAGGGUGGUGGAGCGAUGAAGAAGAAUCCGAAUUUCGAGCUAACGUUAGAAAACAGGUGAUGGAUGCAAUUCAAGUAGGUGAAAAAAUAGAGAAGCCUCCACUUGCAGACAUGUUUAGUGAUGUAUAUGAAGAAGUACCUUCAAAUCUAAUGGAGCAAGAGAGAUUGGUUAGAGACACCGUAAAAAGACACCCACAAGACUAUCCAACAAAUAUACCAUUAUGACCUUGAAAGAAACAUCAUCUAAAAAGUAGCCAAUUAAAAGCUUUCUAAGUUAUGCAAUUGUGAAUGCUUCAUUUGUGAAUAUGGAUAAUAUGUCUUUUCUAAGUUAUGCAAUUGUGAAUGCUUCAUUUGUGAAUAUGGAUAAUAUGUCUUUUCUAAGUUAUGCAAUUGUGAAUGCUUCAUUUGUGAAUAUGGAUAAUAUGUCUUUUCUAAGUUAUGCAAUUGUGAAUGCUUCAUUUGUGAAUAUGGAUAAUAUGUCUUUUCUAAA